AUGACAUUGCACUCUGACUACUGUGAAACCCAAUUGGUAAGUGAGGCCGAUAAGGGUCAACAAUAUCGGAUUGAGCCUAUUGAUUGUUAUCGGGUCCACGUGCGAGAUAAUCGAUUGGACGGUAUUGUGAAUCUUCACACGAAGGAAUGCACGUGUAAGGAAUUCGACUCACUUGGUAUCCCAUGUUCGCAUGCAAUUGUUGCCACCAAGGAACGAAACAUACCCAUUCAGAGUCUUUGCAGUCGAUUUUAUACAGUGGACUCUCUAAUGACUACGUAUGCGGAGCCUAUAAAUCCACUUGGUCACAUAUUUGAAUGGAAGAGAGCUCCUGGAUAUGUAGAAAAAACUAUCCUUCCUCCAAAGUUUGUGGCACAAGUCGGGCGAUGGAGAGUGAGAAGAAUACCAUCCAGAGGAGAAGUUCACAGACAAAUGAAAUGUGGUCGGUGUGGAAAUUAUGGGCAUAACCGCCAAAAUUGUAGCGAAUCGCUCACAACCAUUCGACGUACUAAAAAUGCCAGAAACCGUGACUCAAAUACCUCUCAUGUAGUUUAUAACUAA